AUGGGUGGCAUGGGCACAGCGCCAUGGGCGGCAGCGACGGCGGCGUCCGCGGCGCGCGGCGGCCACGGCGUGCGCGGCGCUCACGGUGCGAGCAGGAGAGGCAGAGGAGGCAGCGCCCACUGCUCCCAUGGCGGCGGCGCCCGCCGCUGUGGGUGUCGCGGCCUCCGCGGCGGCGGCAGCAAGGACGGGUCGAGGACGACCAGGGCCGGCGCGGCGGGCCUCCACGUAGGUGGCACGGCGGAUCUGGGCGACAACAGAGUAGAGGAAGAGGGGGCGGUGGCCGGCAACCACGCGCCCGGCGUAGCGGAUCUGGGCGCGCCAGAGGAGGCCCCGGCGACGCCCGACGCCGCGCAAGGCGCAGGCGCAGUAGGGCAGCGGCAGUUAGCAUUAGAUGCCUACACAGAACAGAAGGUCCUGAGCCGUUCAUCCUACACUAGAAAGCAGGUGUAG